GGCCCCCGCUUUUUCUCCCCUCAAACAGCAAGGAGCAGGGCGCAUGCGCGGCGAGGCUCCCUGAGGAGGAGGAGGAGGGAGGGAGGCUGAGUGGCCAAAAGGCUGAAGGAGGUCGAGAGAGAGGGAGAGAAAGAAAGGAAGAAAGGAAGGAAGAAGCGGCGGGAUGGAGCCUCGCUCGACAGACUGACCCACCAAAGGAAGGAAGGAAGGCCCCCUUUCCCCUCCUCAGGGCCCUCGCUGCUGGAGCUGUGGGUUGUGACUCCCCCCCUCGGGCCCCCUCUCUCCCCCUCCCCUCAGAUAUACUGUGCUUGGUCGGGUUGUCUCCUGGUAGAGAGGCCUUUCAGCAUGUCCCAGCUCUGUCGCCUGGUCGCUUACCUGCAGGAUCCAGAGAAAGUUGCCACUUUCCAGCGGCUCUGCGGCGUGGAAGCACCUCCAAGCUGGGGCCCUGGCUUCUCGGCCCAUGGGGAGGCAUCGGAGAUCCUGGUGGGCAAUGGCAGCUGUCCCACUGGCCAGGCAGAGGGCGAAGGGGCUGACCGGCACCGGUUCCCAGGGGCCUCCAAGGUGGACGAGAAGGGCGAGGGGUGUCACUUGAAUGGCAUGAAGAAUGGGGUGUUGUCUGGGGAAGCCUGUGCUGUGGAAUCUCAGCAAGAAACGACAAAGAAAGAAAAGCAGAAGGGCUGGGUUUUCAAGCGGCAGCCUCGGCGCAACUCUCUCACUGGAGAAUCGGUAUGCCAGGACUUCUCAAUCCACAGCCCCCUUCUUUAUUACCUGUUCAGCCUGGGUACUGAGCUGGGCAAUGAACUCUUCUACAUCCUCUUCUUCCCCUUCUGUAUCUGGAAUCUGGAUGCUUGGCUGGGCAGGAGGCUUAUCAUCAUUUGGGUUUGGGUCAUGUACGUGGGCCAAUGUACCAAAGAUGUUAUCCAUUGGCCAAGACCUGCUUCCCCACCGGUGGUGAAACUGGAGAUUUUCUACAACUCGGAGUACAGCAUGCCCUCUACUCACGCCAUGUCGGGCACUGCCAUACCCUUGGCACUUCUUUUGUUCAGCUAUGGACGGUGGCAGUAUCCUAUGAUGUAUGGGCUGAUUCUUGCCAUCUCCUGGUGUUCAUUGGUUUGUUGCAGUCGAAUAUAUAUGGGAAUGCAUUCUAUUCUGGAUGUCAUUGCUGGAUUCUUUUAUGCAAUCCUCAUUUUGGUUGUCUUCCUUCCAGCUGUGGACCUAGUUGACAGCUUCAACUUAACCUGCAAGUAUGCGCCACUCAUUAUCAUCAGUCUCCAUCUGGCCUUGGGGAUUUUCUCCUUCACUCUAGACACCUGGAGCACAUCUCGAGGGGACACAGCUCAAAUCCUGGGUUGUGGUGCUGGAGUUGCAUGUGGCUCUCACGUCAAUUACCUGUUGGGUUUAAUGCCAGAUCCUUCCACAGAGAUGCUUCCAAUCGUGACUCCCUCUUUCACUGUAACUAUCUUGGGAAAAGCCAUGUUGCGGUUAUUGAUUGGAGUGGUGCUUCUAUUGCUAACAAAAACUGCCAUGAAGAAGAUUACCAUCCCACUGGCUUGUAAAAUCUUCCGUAUUUCUAAUGGUGAUAUCCAACAAGCCCGGCAGCGUAUGGAGGUUGAACUGCCCUACCGCUAUAUCACCUACGGAAUGGUCGGAUUCUCAUUGAUUUUCUUGAUUCCAUCCAUGUUUCUCAUAAUGGGACUCUCUUGAUGUUGGUAUUGUUGUUAUUAUUAUUUUGGUGUGGGAAAAAGAAGUAGAUAUUUGUGAGAGAAACUGAAUGGCUUGAGAGAUAUAGAGGUGUUCCACUGUACUGUCUCUGUUUAAAGUAAUGCCAGGCAGAGAGAGUUCAAAUCUUUGCUGCCAAGGUAAAAACUUAAUAACUUCAGGUCCCUGAGAAAUGCCAUGUCUAGUCUUGUAACAAAAUGUGUUAUGUGUGUGAGUGUAUAAUGAUGUCUCUGACUAUAAAUGUACCCCCUUUCUCUUAAUUUGAAUAUGUUAAAACAGGUAUGUUUAGCUGAUCCAAAAGUUCCCUCUGUGGUCAGUUUAAGCCAUUUCAUAUUAAAUUAUUCGUUUCUCUGGACCAUAAACCGCUACAAAGGAAAAGUUUGCUUUCUUUGUACCACUGCACUCCCAAAUGUUUUAUGCAGGAAGGAAGCUAUUCUAUUGGUUCAAAUUUUAAAAGAGAACUGGCUUAGAAAAAAAGGCAUUUGAGAUACUUUUCCAUACUCUAGAGCAACUUAAAUUUGUAAAUAUAUACCAGUUACAUCCAGGUACUGUAUUUUUAUUUUUAUUUUUUGGCUUGAUAAUUGUGCCUUUUUGUUGCUAAAUUAAAAAGCACCAUAUACUGUGAUGUGUAUAUACACAUAUAUUAUAUAUAUAUAAAAGCCCAUGACUAUUUUAAAUUUUUACUGAAUUAGGCUUAUAUUUUAAAAUGUAACUAGUUGCAUAAUUAACAAAAUAAAGACUUUAUCUUCUGCAUCAAAAAUAUUAAAAGGAAUGAGCUAAAACCUAUAUUGGAGUUCACUAGCUGUGAACCACAUGCUUAAUUCUAUUUUGUAGGUAUUUUUCAGUGCUGCGUUCAUUGUUGGAAGAUCAUAUAUUUUUCUGCUGAUUUAUCUUAAUUUAUAAUAUAGCUAUGCUAUGUCCAAAAGUAUAAAAGAGGGCUAAAAUUACAAAUCUAGACAUGUAAGUGUUUAAUAUAAGUUAAUUAUCCCCAUAUUUAAACAUAUGCAAGACUUGCACAGCUAUGAGUUGUGAAUUGUGGUUCCCAAAUUAUCUUAUCUGUUUAGUCACAUUUAAACAUUCUAUGAUGUUGUCCAUUAUUGACCAAAGUUUGAUAUAUUGGUGGAUAUUAUAUCUUUGAUAGCACAACUUGAUACCUUGUGGGCAACAUGCUGGUUGGGAAAAAAAGAGAGAGAGGUGGGGCUAAGCAUUAGGCUUGUGCAUUUCGGCAAAACCUCAAUCCAUUUCUGCUGGGUGGAUUCUGGUAAACCCCCCAUAUCUGUUUUCACUUUCCUCCUGAAAAUGGGUAGGUAGCCAGAUAGCUGUUUUCGGUCCACAACCGAAAAAUGCGGCUAGAUCCGGGCCAUUGGUGGCAGUGGGAAACUUACGAGGCUCCCCUUUCCAUUCCUGGGACCCUUUCCCUUUUUUCCCUUCAAGGGAGCCUGGAUUUCAGCAACAGGGUUAAGGAAGCUGGCACAGCUUGCAUAAGACACGUCACAAUGUUCUUCAAUUCCAGUUAGCUCAACAGGCAGGGCUCACAGGGAAACCCUGUGUGAGCAACAUGUGGCAGCCUCUUUGCGCACCUUGUGAUGCCAAAUUGGGGAGGAGGAGGAAAAGCCAUGAUCAGCUGCCACGUGGUUCCGUUACAGAUGGAAAAAUGUGACGGCUGGGCCCUUGCUGUUACGGCCACCCAACCAAGCCGAACAAGCCGGAUUGGCUGAAGGGAACCAACCACUCCGAAUCAGUGCACAAACCUACUUAACAUUGCUUUUUUGGUGAUAUAUGAGCUUCACCUUCUGGGAAUUAGCCUGAAAUGAAUACUCUUGAGUUGUAAGAAGCAAAACUAUAGAAGUAAGAGCAUAUUCACUCACCUAACACUGGCUUAGUCUACUACAUGAAAGCAAAUAGUGGAAAUAGAUAACUGUACCAUUUAUCCGCAGAGGAGAAGGGGCAUCAUUUCAGUACCAACCCCUAUGUUCAACAUGCACACAUUCACUUUAGUUAUCUGUACCAGAGGUUAUGUUUUGGGCUACACUUCCAGAAUCUAGCCUAGCGUGAAUCUGGCUGCCCACUUUUCCAAACUCCUAUCUGUGGUUCCUAAAUUUAUCCUCAAAAAGUGCCAUCCUACAGCUAGUCAAAAAUCAGUAUCUGUGUACAGUGCACAUAUGCAGGGGUAUUUAAAUGGGUAAAUGGACAUUCAGUCGUCAGUGCUCUGUGGUCUCAUUCUCAUUUUUACAGAUGUUUUCUAUACAGCCGGUUGUGUAGACAAAGCCUUCAUUGAACUUUUUAAAAAAUGGCAGUAUUGAUUUAUCUUGUUUCUGUGAAAACCUUAAGGCAGAAGUGUGAAUAACAUGGCCCUUUGUAUGUUGUUGGAUUACAACUCUCAGCAUUGCUCACAAUUAGCUUUGCUAUCUAGCUUUGCUAGGCCUUCCAGUUUACCAACAGCACAACACAAUGUUCAUACUUGCCUUUCAGCCUAAAUCCAAUUGUUUUUCCCACUUUGAGAAAACUUUUUGAAUUCUUAGCACAUAAAUAUUAAUUUGCAAACUUUCCAGUGAUUUAAAGGGUGUGCUACUCUAAUUGGGAGUGGGAGCCAAGGUGGUGCAAUGGGUUCAACCCUUGUCCAGGCUGAACUGCUGACCUUCAGGUAAGCAUUUCAGCUCCUGUCUAUCAUCCCCGCUUCCCAUGUGGGGACAUGAGAGAAGCUUCUCACAGGAUGGUAACACAUCCCAGCAGCCCCUUGUAAAUGUCUCUACAGACAGCUGAUUCUCUCACACCAGAAGCGACUUGCAGUAUGUUCUCAAGUUGCCUAUGACACGAUUAAAGAAAAUCAGAAGUAACAAUUUGGUUUAGGCUUAGAAAUUUUACAACAAUGCACUUUUUAUCUUGGUAGUAUGAAAUUGCUGUUUCCAGAACAAGUUUGAAUACUGAGUCUUUUCUAGGACAUUCAUUACUUUUUGGGUAUGUAAUUUUAAAGCUGACUUAAUACAAGCUGUUUGUCCCACAUCUAUUGAACCCAAUAGAUAGUGUUUGUUUUUUAAUGCACUGGCAUAUGGUCUGCUGUUCAAGUUUGUUCAGGAGUUCCUAAUAUGAUAUUGUGACUCUAAAAUAAAACUCAUAUUACAUGUUA